GGAUUCAUGGUUAGGGUCCAGCUCAGCGGCAAGCAAUUUCUCACUCCCCAAGUUAUCUAUUACCAGCGGCCGGUCUGGAGGUAAAAAUAGCCGCUGGGGCUGUUUGUUUAAUCUGACUGUUACUUGACACCACGCGGGUGUUGCGGUGGGGACUGUUUGCCUCUUCCCCACCAAGAACACCAUUUGGUUUCCCCCGGCUGGGUCUCUAUUUAGGUACGUUUCACAAACGUCCGGCGUCUGGACGACUUCUGGGCACUGAUUUUCCCCAGGUGGGCAGGUCUGUGAGAACGGAGAGGUGUGGGCCUUGCCUCCCACCACAGCUGAACUCUGGGCAGCCCGGAGAAGGAGGGAAGAAGUUUCGGCAGCCAGGCAGAGCCGGGCUGCUGGAGGCGUCAGGGUUCUCUCCAGUUCCCAGGGAGGCCUGCAGAGCCAGCAGCUGGGCCACGCGGAGAGCGGAAGAUGGGCAGUGAUGAUAGCAAAUAUAAACAUGAGAAGAAGUUUUUAAACUACGGACUCUAAAAUCCAGCAAGGCAGGCACCUGCAGCCCCCAUUGCUGUAACAGUUUUAGUUACCAACGGUCAGCCGCGGUCCAGAAGCCCAUGCUCCUCCCUCUGAUGUAUGGUCAGAAGUCAGUAGUAGCCUAACGCUCCAUCGCUGUGCCCACGUCAUUCAUCCCACAUCAUCUCAUCACACAGACAUUCUAUCAUCUCACAUCAGCACAAGAAGGAGAAAAAAAAAAAAAAUCCCACUUUGCAAUUGCAUCUGGUCAACAGGAAGCUCUAGUUUUGUGGGAAGAGGACUGCUCUUCCAGAAUCGUCCCACAGAGGCACCCACCGGCCAACCAGGGACAGCCCUCCCAGCUGGCGGAUAAUGCAGGGCAAUAAGAAGUGCACAGACGGGUUCAGCGACUCCUCGAGCAUCGGCAGCGUGCUGGACGAUGCCGACAGGGAGGUUAGCAGCCUCACAGACCGGGCCUUCCGGAGCUUGUGCAUCUCAGAGGACACAUCCUUCACCGACUCUGACCUGACCCUGUCCCCAGACGUCACCCGCCAGGUGUUGGGGACUUUUCACCAGGGAACGGUAAGCCACACCCACAGGAAAAACAGCAUCUGGAGCCAGUUACCGUCGCAAGGCACCGAGCAUGCGGGCUGGGCGGCCACGUUCCAACAGCUACCCAAGUACGUUCAAGGGGAGGAGAAGUACCCCAAGAGCAGCCCCCCACUGACACCAGCCCAGAGAAGACUGGAAGUGCCCCUUUCCGGUCUGAGGAGCAGCAGCAAGCCAGCUUCGAAAGUGUCAUCACUAAUUAAAUCUUUUGACAGGACUGAGAGCCAAUGUUGUGACAGCAGGCCUCCGACCAGUAAGCCCCCAGCUCUCAAAAAUCCCCCUAAAUUUGCUCCUCUUCCAGAAAGUGGUGUCAACUUCUGCUUUGAUUCUGCAUUUCUGACCGUCAGGAGGGUGCCUGCUGAAGUCUCUAGCGCCCAUCAGAUUAGCCACCAGUCUGGAAGGAAGCAUGGAGAGCAGGAGUCCCCCAAGAAUCCUGAAAUGGCCUGUCACGGCUCCAGCAGCUUCCUCCCAACACCGGAUAAUGCAGCCAGCUCGUUUGAGUCCAAGUUCCCGUCCCCGCCCCACAAGCCAGCCCAGGGUGAUCCUGGAAGAAGUAAGGAGUGGCCCCGCAAGGGAACCUUUCUUCAUAGCGAAAACAGUGCUUUUGAGUCGUGGAACGCCCACCAACCAAGGCUGCCCGAGAGAAAGGAGGUCGCUGACCCUGUCCCAGAAAGCAAAACUCCCAAGCAUUACGAGGAUGCACCCAUGUUAAGAGAGCCCCCCGCCCCUGAACACAGAGUCUCCCCCUGCCAAGCCCAGGCCAGCUGCAGCCAGGAGGAGAAGAGGUUGGCCACAGGGGCUCUCACCACGUCUGGACCCUGGGGAGCUAGGGAUCCAGGAGCCCAGGCAUUCGCUGUGGAGGGAAAAGCUUCAAGCUCACAGCCUGACCCUCAGAUGAAGCCAACCCAGGUCCCAUGGAGGAAACCAAAGCCUGGCAAAGGAAGGAAAGAAAGUCUACCAGAUGCCUCUGAAGAGAAGAAGCAGGCCACCAGAAGGGGCCCAGCCUUGUAUACAAAGCACAAUCCCCAGGAUCAAUUCCCAGAAAACGAGGCUCUUGACCUGCCCAUGGACCCCAACGAGCAUUAUAGUCCUCCUUUUAACAUCAGUAAGCUUCUGACUCCCAUCAUCCCCACCAAGCAUGUCCUGGAGCCAUCCGACAGCCAGCCAGUGGAGAUGACCCCAUCACCCCCAGGACAGCUGAAUGGGUACCAAGAGAAGGAGCCCAGUGAAGGUCAGUCUCGGGACAGCUACAGAUCCAAAGCCCCCAGCCUGCUGUUCAACCUCAAGGACGUGCGGAAGCAUGUGAAGAGCACAUACAGCCCCUCACCGCUCCUGAAGGGCCUUGAGGAGAAAACCAGAGGCAAGCAAGAACCCGUGAGCAAUGGCGUCCUCCUUCCCAAUGGGCUGGAGGAGAGCCCUUCAAAUGAGCUUCCUAAGGAGAGACCAGCUGAUGGCUCUUCUGGGUCGCACAUGAGUACCCAGAAGGACCCUGACGCUGACCCUGGUUCACCCUCUUCAGAGACCUGUCAAACUCUUAGCUCACCCCCAGCUACCACCCAAGCCCCUUUCUGCAUCAACGGGGAGGGAGCUGACAGAAACAGCUACGAGAAAGACGAUGGAGACCCAGAGAUGGGCAUCAUCAGGUCGGACAAGAGUCCAGACGCCAGCAAACCCUGCCCCAGGAAGCGUCUGUCCCUGAGGCUUUGCAGCAGAGAGCCUGAGGCAGGGAAGGCUGCAGAGAAACCUAAGACCCCCAGCCUUGAGAAGGGGUUCCUGAGAUCCGUGUCUCAAGAGACAGAACCUGAGAGAGAUGCAGGACUGCAGAAUCCCAACUUGAACCAGAAAUUCUCCCCAGGGCCCCUCUCUCCCGAAGAGGAAGAUGUGUUUUACAGUGACACCCAAUCAGAUUUCAUGCCAGGCUUCAAAAGUAAGGCCAAGUUCAGCACCAGCUCUUCAGACCAGUCCUUUGCCUCAUUUGAGGAUCAACAGAAAACGUGGUUCACCGAGAGCCAGCAGGAAGACAGGAGGAAUGACGGAAGUGCAGGAGACAGUCGGAAGGACGAGAAGGAGAAAGUGAUGGGGAGCAAUGAGCUCCAGCACGGUGCCCUGAGUAAUGGGCCCGCGUGCGUGCAGGAGCACAGCAAGGGGGAACCAUUGCAAGGAGAAGGGGAAGGUUUGUCUGGAUGUAGACCCAGGGAGGCAUUGGGAGAGGAGGCUAACUUCAGAGGCACUUGGGCGGGGGGAAGUAAGGAUGCAGUCAAAGAAUUUACCCCCUCACCAUCUUCCACUUCAAACAAGCACAUACUGUUUGCGAUUAAAGACAACACCCUCAGGGCCACCCCCGUGAUAAAACCCAUCAUGCUGCCCCUCCUGAGGACCAUGUCAUCAGAGGACCCACUGGGCGGCAGCUACAAAGAGGACGACUUGCCAAAGCCAGGCUGGGGAGAAGAGGCCGGUCUUGGUGGCUCUGAGAGCAAGGAAAUGGCCAACAUCCCAUCCCCCACUAGCAUGCAGGACACACACUCGAAGCACACAGCCUGGGAGGGCAUGGAGCACCACGGGCGAGUGCCCGGCAUGGCCCGGAAGGAGAUUUCCCAGCCAGCCCCAACCAGAAUUGGCCCAUCUCCUCUACUCAUGGGAGAGGGUGAAGGGCUGAAGCCACCCCCAGAGGAUGCACAUCACCUUGUGGCAAACAAAGGCAAGAACAGUUCCACGGACCAGGGGAUGCUGGAUGUUCCAAGGGGUAUCCCCACCAUCACUUUGCCCCAAGGCGAGGCAGAAGACCAGCCACCCCCACGGCAGCUGGGAAUGUGUUGGGAAGAACACACACAAGAUUUCAAAAGUCACUUGUUGUCUACACCCAGAGCAGGGCCCCCAGGGAGAAGACUGGUGCCCGGAGAGAUGGCUGUUUCUCCUAAUGCCAGCUCCCUGGAUGAGAGCAGCGCGUGCUCUCCUGCCGCCAGCAGCAUCUGGGAUGAUGCUUCCCACGCCCCCACUGAGCCGGGCCUGCUGCCAGGGUUGUCUCCUCACCCCAGUCCCUGGGCCAGCCUCUACCCGGCCAGGGUCGCCCGGCGGGAGGACCUGACACACGCCCUCACGUGGGAGGCUGGCUCGGACCCCCAACUUGAGCCAUCCGCGGAAGAUCUCAGGACCCUUUCUCCAAGAGGUUCAGUGCUGGACAUGGCCAGCAGCUCCGCAGGCCUCCCUGAGAAACCAGAGCUCCCUGCUCCGCUCGAGAGGGCGGUCGGCAAGCCACCGGCGGUCCCACCCAAAACAGAGAAGGCCCUGCGGCGGGCAAAAAAGCUGGCAAGCAAGAGGAGAAAGACCGACCAACUGCAAGAGAAGCAUGGAGAACCCGAUGAAGAAAAGCCCUUCCUGGAGGACUGGGAGCGCAGGCCACCAUCGCCUGGAGAGAGGCCCCGACCCAGGUUCCCCGAGGUCCGUUCCCUGCCCCCUCCCACCCACCGCCACUCAGUGUCUGCCUUCUCAGAGCCACUCAGGAGGCAGCCCGGGGGGUCCCAGUCCCUUAUGCCUCUGGUCCCUUACCCUGCCACCCAGAAGGUCCUCCAAGACCCCCAGUCUGGAGAGUACUUUGUCUUCGACCUGCCACUCCAGGUGAAAAUCAAGACCUUCUAUGACCCAGAGACAGGCAAAUAUGUCAAGGUCCCCAUCCCAUCCUCUGAGGGGGGUUCCCCUGAGCCGCCCCCGCCAAACACACCUGCUUCUCCCUACAUGCUGUAUCCCCACUUCCGGGCCCUGCCGCUGAUGCCGCUGCGCUGCUCCUCUCAGCUCUCCACCCCCACCUUCUUCAGGCAGGGCCCACACACCCCCGAGGUGGCCGGCCCGGGGUCCCAGAGGGCCCGUGAGGCUGGCAUGCCAAUGGCACCUCCCCGGCGCCCAGGGGAGGAGGGGGGAGAUGCUCCACGCCUGGGCAUCAUCUCCACCAAUGACCUAGAGGACUUCGCCACAGAAGGCAUUUCUUGAGAAUUACAGCAGAAUAACUCCCCCUCAAAUAAGCCCAGAAGAACUUAUUUCCCCUUUCCCCCAAAUGAUCAGUCACUUACACACACACACACACACACACACACGCACACUCACACGCGCGCGCACACACAGACAUCAACAUGUACUUAGCCAUGUGGGAUCCCUAAGGUCUCAAAGGAAGUGGGGAUUGAGAAAACCUCACCUGAGGGGCUUCCUGGGGCUCUCCUCCCUGGGAGAGCGCUGUUUGCAUAACCCUUCCUGGAUCCUGGAUCUGCUCCCCUUCCCCCUUUCUUCUCCCCUCCCUUCCUCCCUGUCCUCCUCUGGCCAUGCCCUGGGAGUGAGUCCCGCCUGAUUCCUAAUGGCCGCUCUGCUCAGGCACCCCACCUACUUCUUCUCAAGGGCCAACUCCUGCAGUGAGCCUAUUCCCAAGCCCCCAGAAAUGCUGCACUGCACUGAGCCCAGCCCUGCCGGGCAAUCAGACCACCAGGCACAGCCCCUCCAGGUCCAGCAUGGCACAGAGAAGCACCUCCACCCUUGCUCCCAUGCUCUAACCAUUUCCGGCUCACUUCAGGCAGAAAUGGCUAAGGACUGCCCCAAGGCAACUCUGCAGAAAGGCUGAUUUGGAUAGAAUGGGUUUUCUUCACUGAGGAAGCUUUCCUCUGAAGGCUAUUUUCUGAUAAAGAAAAGGCUACCUUUUAAAAAGUGAAACAAGCUUGCAGACGUGGUUCUGUCCUGGACAGGUCGUCCAUCAGUGGGCAGUGGCGGGUCUUCACGGGUGAGUAAAGGGCCUUGUGCUGUCCAGGCCAUCCAUCACCACCGACCACACAGGGGCAUCACUCUGAACAGAGCAGCCUCGACACCUGCCGCUGUCGCGGCGCUCCUCCUGGAGCCUUCGGCACUGUCCCUGCCUUGGCGGGUUGGGGCUCUCCAUUCACAUCAGGGAACAAGGAGGAGGGAGACCCAAGCUCACCAUCGUGGCUGGCCCAGAGAACUGAGUCAGGCCCCAGGGGUCCCAAUUUCAUGACUGUUAACCUAUGCCCCGUGCUCAAAGGGAAAUUGUAUUUUCCCAACUCCCAGGCCUUCGGGGAUGUAGAGGGAAUAUCUAAUUCAGGUCAAGGGAGCAAAAUACAAUAACCAUCUCUGCACCUCUAAGAACAGAGGAGUCCAUGAGCACAUGCACACUGUGGGCAACUGUGCUAGGAAGGAAAGCAGGCUGCUUUCAUGGGCUUCCACCCAGGGCACCCACUGAAGCAACUUAAUUCUUGUGCUAUGGGAAAGACGGGGGCAAACACAUCUCCCUACUUGUUUAGAAAGGGCAGCUGUCACAGCAGCUGCCGGGACUGUGCUGCCCACAUGCCCAGGGAACCCACAAUCUGCAUCAUCCUUGUUCUUUUGGCAAAGAUGCUAUUUCCAGGCUGGAAAGAUGGGAAGGCACAGAACUCACCAAGUCCCAGACUCGCACCAAUAAGAGGGCUCUAACUUAGUCUUGGUCAUGAUUUGGAUUCAGGAUUGUCUACCUAUUCAUUUUCCUAACAAGCACAGCCACACCUUAAUUUCUUUAUGACAAUACUCCACAAAUCCUCUGGCUGGACGCCAUGGUGAGACAACCAGACAAAGAGCCAGGAACACAGGCCAGCAACCAUUCUAAGAGUCCGGUUCCCACGAGUCACGCAUUAGGCUGCCAGUGGGAAGAAUGAUCUGUGAUCUUGGCUCUCCCACCAUGGCUAAGCAGCUUCUCACCUUGCUUUCAUCUUACUAAAGAUGAAGUGGAACAGUUAGGAGAAACAGCUAGGAAAAGGGGUAACUCAUUUAAAAUUCUCAGGGCCCCGGAAAAGAUUUGCCUAACAAAAAUAGAAACCCUCUGUUAAAUGAAAGUAAUAAUAAUAGUAAUAAUAACGAUGUCCCCGCAAAGAUAAAUAUAUUUUCCUUAAGGGGAGCUUAUAUAUGGGAAGCAGUCAUCUUCUGUCUUAGAAACAAUAUACGCUGAACUAUUGAUCGAGCUAAAAGCAUUAAGGUAGAUAUUUGGAGAUCAAGGUCAACUCUUUUGUGAAUGCACAAAAGAAAGAGGGCAGCUGGCAGCAUGCAGCUUGCACCCAGAGAGCAGGGAUUCCUGGGACACCUGGCUCCCCAGUAGGUCAGCCUGAAGGAAGGCCCCCAUCAGUUACAGCAAGGUGCCCAUGCUCCUAGGAAGCAGAAAAUGCCUCCAGGGGACAAAACAAAUGAAGACUAACUUACCUGCAAAUAAUGUUCUCCUCUUUCCUUCCUCCCUUCCUCCCUCUUUUCCUCUCUUCCUCCUUUUCUCUCUUUUUCCCUAUCUCUUUGUGUUUUCCUCUGUUCCUCCUAUUACAAACAUUUUCAGAGUUCCCAUUCUGCGCUGGGCACCUCACUGGGUACUAAAGAUAUGCCAUGAUAAUUAGAUCUGGUCUCCACACCCAAAGAAUUAAAAUCUAACAGAGAAGAAAAACAAUUAUAGUCCCGUGUGGUAAGUAAUUUAGUAGCAUUAUCUAAGGAGCACCUGACUUAGCCCAGGAAGAAAAGGGGCUUCCUACAGGAGAUGGCACCUAAACUGAGUCAGGAAACACCAAGUAGUACAUCAGCUUAUGAAGGAACCAGAAAUUCCCCAGCUUUAAUCUAGCUAUCAAACAAAGAUGACAUUUGUGAAAUACUAAUAGAUUGGUCUUACCACGUCAAAGUAUAAUGGCUUAACUAAUUUUUAAUUACCAUUUUUAAUCAGCACCAGAAUGAAACCAGUGUAGCCUCAAAGGAUAGACCUUUAUUGAUAUGUCCCUUCAGCUUCUGAAUUAAUAUUUCACUCCUCCAAGUUAUACCCCACCACCGAAAAAAAAAAAAAAAACACAUUAUUUCUACUGUUGUGUUUA